AUUAUAAUCCAAAGACAUUUAAAACUUGGAGGGCACUCUGUCUCUGCGGCGUCGCCUACAUAAUACCGUUUACAGAAACCGACCUCGAACCGACAAGCUCAAGCAAUCCAAGCAAGAACUCAACCAUGGCGGCUAGGAUGUUGCAGAGGCGCUUAGGCUCACUCCUUCUCCGCAAUCAGCAGCCUAACUCCCAUCUCUUCAAAGAUCAAUUUGUUCCUUCUGCAAGUUCUAUACUCAGAAGAUAUGGAUUUGACAAAAGAGAUCUUCAAACGCAAACAAAUCCAACCAAUCUGGUUAAUGAGGAUCUGGCAAAUCUUGAAGAUGGCAGUUCGAAACCCAAUAAUGAUGCGAAUGUUAUCAACAGUUCCGAUGCCAAAUUUUCUGCUUCUUCCGAGCAGAAAAUAUCCCCAAGGCAUGACCUGGCCAUGCUUUUUACCUGCACUGUCUGUGAAACAAGAUCCAUGAAGACGUGCAGUAGAGAAUCAUACGAGAAAGGUGUGGUGGUAGCUCGCUGUGGCGGGUGUAACAAUCUCCACCUGAUUGCUGAUCAUCUCGGGUAUUUUGGAAAACCAUCCAACGUUGAGCAAUUUCUGGCUGCCCGUGGGGAAGAGGUGAAGAAAGGUUCUGCUGAUACGUUGAAUCUGACUCUCGAAGACAUAGCCGGAAUGAGACCUCAGGGUUGA